AGAAAAGGAGAAAGAGUGAGAACGAGAUGAGGAGAGAGAAAGUAGAGAGAGAAGGAAGAAGAGAAAAAAAUAGUGGGCUCAUGUGAUUCACAAUGGCCAUGAACAUGUUAUGCCCAUGCUAAAGAUGAUGAACCCAUCAUGACAAAAACGAAAUAAUACGGGCCUUUCUCCCCCAUAUGCAGAAGAGAGAGAUCGUGAAGGCCAGAGAAAAAGUUGAAGAGAGAGAAACAGAGAGGUUGGUACUUGGGAGAGGGAGAAGUCAGGCGAGAAAGAGAGGGUAAUCAUAGCAUACAAAAGCUUGAGUGAGAGAGAGAGAGAUAGAGAGAGAGCGAGGAGCUUUUGGAGCUGGUGAGAGGAGUUUUAGAGAGAGAAAGGAGUCUUUGCAGGUGGGGGAUACCUUCUUGUUGCCUGCCAUGUGUUUGUGAAUCUACAUCAGAGAGAGAUGUUCUAGAGAGAGAGGGGCUUUUUCAAGAAAGGUUGUGUGGGCUUCUUGCUAAUCAGGUGCGUCUUGUGAAAUCAAACCUGGUCUUGGAGAGAGAAAGGGGUUGUUUAGAGGGAGAAGGGGAUAUUUUGCAGGAGAAGCGGCUUUCUUCUUGCCCCCUCUGUGCGUCUGUGGAAUACCCAUCUCAGAGGGGGCGUUUUAGAGAGAGAAAGGACUUGUUUUUGCAGGUGAUCUAGCUCUCUGAGUGCGUCUGUGAAAUAACAUUGGCGAAGGUGUUUUAGAGAGAGAGAGAGGAUUUUUGGAGGUGAGAGAAAGCUUCAUCUCCUUGCCCAACCAGUCCAUUUAAGAAAUCAAUGCCCCACAAGGAAAUAAUUCUAACUGUGACCUGAGACAGAGAGGGCGUUUUAGAGAGAGAAAAGGUGGAGUUUUUACAGGUGGUUGUUUCUUGCCUGCCAAGUGAUUCUCAGAGGACAUUUUAGAGAGAGAAACAGGGGUUUUACAGGCGAGACACGCCGCCUUCUUAGCCACCAAGUGCCUUAGGGACAUCAAUCCCCAUCUGAAGACACUGGAUUUUAGAGAGAGAAAAACGUUUUCCUCUUUUCUUAGCGGCUCAGAAGUUGCUCCUCUUGUCCCACCAAGUGGUUUCUGGUAAUCACUCCUCAUUCUAGAGAGAGAAAGUGGGGUUUUUGCAGGUGGGAAGCGCCUCCUCGUUGCCCAUCAUCUUGGUAAAAUCAAUCAUUCAUAUUAGAGAGAGGGCCUUGUAGAGAGAGAGAAAGAUGAUCUUUUAGAGAGAGAGGAGAUCUUUUUUCAGUCUCUGAGAAAUCCCCAAAUCUCCAACUUUCUCUCUCGAUGGCCUGCACCCACUCUCUCACCACUUAAACCACCCAAGGCUCGCACCCAAAUGAACCCACUUCUCUCCAUAGCGCAGCACCACCAAGCCCACCCCCCACACCCGGCUUGCGCACCCGCCCUUGAGCCCACCUCAGUCCUGGACCUUCGAAGCAGCCCGACCCCUGCCCCGCCGCUAUGGGCCCAACAACAACCACCUCCCAUGGAAGAAUGGGACUCUCUCCUCCUGGACGAGCCCUCUCUCAUGCGCUGGAUCAUGGGUGGUGAGAUUGAUGAAACUGGCAACCCCUCUUCUCUCUCUAGACCCCAAUUCGCCUCUACCGAGCCUGCCCCUGUCGAGCCCGUGUACCCAAUUGACCCCUUCUCCUUCCCCUCCAUCGAGCCCACCGCCACCUUCUCAAGCCUCCCCUUUGUGGCCGCAAACAACCCCCAUUUUGAUCAAUUCGGGUUCGAGAGAGAGCAGGUGUAUUCGGGCCACCACCACCAGAGCGGCGGGCUGGUGGCCAAUGAUGAGUGGUGGCUCGAGCAGUUGGUUCGGGUGGCUCAGUCACUGGAGGGCGGCAACGUGGCCAUGGCUCAGGCGAUAUUGGCGCGGCUCAAUCACACCCUCCCACCCUCCGUGGGACGCCCCCACCAGCGAGCAUUGUUUCAGUUCAAGGAGGCCCUCUGCGGGCUUCUCGGCCCACAUGCACCGGCACCGAUGCUGCCUCUCGAUAUCGUGCACAAGAUCGGCGCGUACAAGGCCUUCUCUGAGGCGAUACCAUUGACCCAAUUCUCCAAUUUCACGGCAAACCAGGCCCUGCUUGAGGCCUUCGAGGGCGCACCUGCCGUGUGGGUGAUCGACCUCGACAUGGGUCUCGGCGGUCAGUGGGCCUCCCUCAUGCAGGAGCUCGCGCAUAGGCCUGGUGGCCCACCAGCCAUGAGGCUCACUGCCAUUGGCGAGCUCGGGUUCGAGAUGGGUCUCGCCCGAGAGAACCUCCGCCACUUUGCCCGCGAGCUCGGCCUUGUAUUCGAGUUCAACAUAGCGUCUGGGCUCGAAGGCUUGUGUGCGAGCAAUGGCGAGGCCAUCGGCGUAAUGGUCGGAGCUGGCAUGCCACCCUCCAGCCCUGUGGCCCGGUCGGUGCGGCGGCUAGGGCCGCGCGUGGUCGCUGUGGUGGAGGCCGAGAAUGGGAGGGCCGAGGCCAGUUUGUCACGGCGGUUAACGCGAGGGAUACAGUACUACACUUCUCUGAUGGAAUCGUUGGAGGCCUCCGCCAUCGGGAACGUGGUCGAGAGGGGGAUUGAGAGGUUGAUUAUGAGGCCCGGGAUAGAGGCAUCGGUGGUCGGCGCCCCACGCAGCACAUGCGGAACCUCGACCGCUUCGUGGCGAGAGGCCAUGGCAGGUGCAGGGUUCAGCGUUGCCGGGUUGACGAAUUUUACAGAGACACAGGCGCAGUGUUUGGUGGAGCGGACGCAGGUGCGGGGUUUCCAUGUCGAGAAGAGGGGCGCCGCCCUGGUGCUCUGUUGGCAGAGGCGCCCUCUGGUGGCCGCCUCUGCGUGGCGCUGCUGUUGAGGCCAUGGCCACCACCGCGUUUUUCCUCCUGCUGCUGCUGCGAAUUGUGUUCGGGAUGUUCCCGGCUUUUCUCUCUCUCAUUUUUGUUUUGAAUUGUGCAAAUUGGGAUUCUUGGCCAGCCUUUCUCUCUCAAUCUCUUUCGAAUUCUGCCCCGUCUCUCUCUUCCAGACCAGUCGAUUUUCUAUCUGUACAUGUCUCUUCUCUCCCCUAGUUUGUCUCUCUCUCUAACUUCUCUUUUCCUUUGUUUUAUUCCUCUCUCUCUCUGUGUGGUGCCCUUUCCAGCCAACUUUCUCUCUCUUACUCUGUUUUGUUUCCCAGUCUUGUCACUCUCUUUGGUUUCAGCUCUCUGCAGUCUCUUUCUUGCUCGGUUUGCCAUUGGUACAAUAUAUGUAUCUUUCUCUCUCUAAAUCCUUUGGCCAGGACUCUCUUUACUUUCUCUCUCUCUCUCUAACCAUUAAGUUGUCGAUUCUCUCUCUCUCUCUAGCUAGGCUCAGUCAUUUUGUAACUUCAAUUGUGUUUUUCGGUUUAGUUUCUCUCUCUAGGCAACCAUUUAGUGGUAUUGGUUCUAGUUUCUCUCUCUAGACAGAGGCGUUGCUCUCUCUCUCUCUAGACUCCCGGCUGCUGCUUGUUUUCUCGGCCAGGCAGUGUGCUAAGCUUUCUCUCUCCUCCCUCACCGACUGUGCCACGUGCCUCUCUCCGGCCAGGUUAUCGCACGUGUUAUUGGGCAGUGUCCAACGGAUGGCUGGCCUUCUUUUUUUGGAUGGUUUGGACUAAAGGCACGUUUCACGUGGCCACCUCCGCUUUUUACUCCACAUAUGUGGUUGGACGGCCGGAUUAAGACGUACUUCGGAGUUGGGGAAUCUGGAACGUCUAUUCGACCUUAUUUAGUUGCUUGUGUUUCUUGUAAACCAUUCCGAGGGAAAAAAAAAAAAAAAGCAAAAUGGGGUAAAAAGAUAACCGGUGAAAUUGUAAUGUUGGUCUUCUUUUUUUUUUCUUUUUUUGUGUUUACAUGGGUGUAAAUAAUUAUUUUUGGGGUAAGCCAAAAAAACAAAAAGAAAAAAAGAAAAAGACUUUAGGACAAUGUAUUGCCUUUUUUGUGUGGUUUUAAAAUUUGUUUCCAAUU